CGAUCGUCGCUAGUGAGGAGGACAGAAACAAAUUAGUCGAGGAACCCGGGAACUUCAGAACACUAAUCCAAAUCCGAGAGAAAAUGAUGGGCCUCCGCCAUCCCAUGCUAGCUCUGGUAACGUGUCUGUGUUUGUGUGUGGUCGUUUUAACUUGGCUUUAUGCCUUAAGAUCUCAGGGGACGCAACGAAGGCUAUAUCCUAGACCCAUAGAUGCCGAUGAGAUACUCCCGGAGGAGGAGGAGAGAUCCCCCAGAAUCCAGCAUCCGUACUACUUCCGGGAAUGUUAUACGUACACAAACCUGACCGCGAGAUUCACCUGCACCGAUUCCCACUCAUUCAAAAACUAUUCCUACGACAACAUUUUGGAAUGCGCCACGAAUCUAUGGGCAUUCAUGAGGAACAAAAGUGCCCCCAACCCCUGGGCAAAUUCCUCGUCAUCUCCACCGCCGACAGCAUCGGAUGCUGCGGCCAUAGCCAAGAGACCCUCCGUGCACUUAGUGAUGGCGGGCGAUUCCCAUGUUCGGAAUAUCUUCGAAGUGUUUCUGAGGCGUAUAGCUGGUCCCCGAGUCAAGUACCACGUUGCCAAAAUGGACCCAGACGACUGGAAGGAUUCUGUAGACCUGUUCGCAAACUGGAAAACGGAUGCCCACGAAUUCUUCCACGAACUCAUUCUCUUGGACGGGCCACUGAAGAUCACCUUCUACUGGGAUCCCUUCCUGGAACAGCUGCCGCAGUUGAUGUCGUCCUGGGCGGCGGGCGUUGAGAGUAAACCAACCCAUUUACUUAUAGGUUCAACGCUGCAUUACAUGCGAAGAACAAGUGCAGUUUUCUUGGGAAAAGGCCAAAAGGCGGCCUCAAUGGAAUUUUCCAACCACCUGAGGACCAUCUCGCCUCAACUGGAGAAGUUUUCAAGGAUCACACCUGUGGUCUUCAAGCUUCAGGAUCAUUUGCAGAAAGAUCCCGUUAACAACAUCGAGAACCCACAGAACAUCGACUAUUACAACCGCAUCGCCAACGACCUGCUGCCGAAGAGCUCCUCCUCCUCCUUCGUCGUGUGGAACAGCACCGUCCCCUUGUCAGAUCUCUACUCCAAGUUGUGCGAGGAGAAGGGCUCCGUCCUUCCGCAUACCGUAGACUGGCGAUGUGAAGACCCGAAGCAUCUCGGAUACUUGAUAAUAGACCAGUAUCUGAAUAUGUAUCUGAACGAUAUUUGCUGCUGUUUCAGGAACAAAGAUGAAUAGAUGCGUAAGCUGUCCAUGAAUC